AUGAAAAAUGAUUUUGAAAUAGUCCUACAAAAAGAAAAUGAAAAGCAUUCUGAGGUAUCCAUACAAAAUACGAAUAAAGAAGAAAGCAGUACAUUAGAAAGGGAAAGAAUAAAUAUAAUAUUAAAAGAAUUAAUUAUAUCUUGUAAUGAAAAGAAAGAACAUUUAAAUAAUUAUAUAAAAGUUGCUAAGGAUAUAAUCCAAAAAAAUAAUGAAACUAUAGAAAAAGAAAAAAAUGACAUAAACAAAUUAAUAUUACAAAAGGAUGAACAAAUAAAAGAUGUUGAAAAAAAAAUUGUCAUAGUACAAAAUUUUUACAAAGAUAUAAAUAAAGGGAUAAUACAACUUAUUAAUAAUUUAGAAGUAUACUUAAGAAAUAAAAUGAAUAUAAACAUUGAUAUAAAAAAAAUCAAUGAUAAAACGAUUGAAUUAAUGAAUGUCCAAAAAUUAAAUAAACAACAAGAAUGUAAAGAAAAUGAAUUUAAAAAUAAUUUGUAUAGGUCGAUAGAUCAAUAUAAUGAGCAAAUAUCUAUUAUUCGUACUUUCAUAAAAAAAAUAAAAUUGAAACAAGAAAUUGAUGUAAUAAAAGACGAUAAUAUAAUAAAUACAAAUGAUGAUAUAUUAAGAGAACCAUCAAAUAAUACCAAUGAGAAAAAAGAGGAAAGUCAUAAAUAUGAUUAUUCACAUGACGAAAAUGAAAAUAACAAUUUUAGACAAUAUGAAAUGAUUAAUAUAGAAGAAGAAUACGACAAGGAAAAUAAUGUAAAGGGGGGUAAUAAGCUGAUAAUUAAUAAGAACCAUGUUGAUAGUUUUGAUGAAGAUGAUAGCUAUGAUGAUAAUAGUUGUGAUGAAGAUGAUAGCUAUGAUGAUAAUAGUUGUGAUGAAGAUAAUAGUUGUGAUGAAGAUAAUAGCUAUGAUGAAGAUAAUAGCUAUGAUGAAGAUGAUAGCUAUGAUGAAGAUAAUAGUUGUGAUGAAGAUAAUAGCUAUGAUGAAGAUGAUAGCUAUGAUGAAGAUAAUAGUUGUGAUGAAAAGUUAGAAAAAGAACAAUUACAUAAUUUACAAGAUGAUAAAAAAAAUUAUACGUUAAAGAAAAAUGUAAAGGAAACAUUAUUAUCCUCUUUAGAUGACGACGAAAGUAAAUUUUCAUCAAGCAAUAGUGAAAGAACUAAAUCAUUUGAAGUGUACAAAAACAAAGAAAAAGAUAAAGAAAUAGAUAAUUGCCUUUAUUCUGAGGAAGAAACAUAUGAACAAAAAAAAAAUAAUGAAUCAUCUAAUACAGAUGAUGAUAAUAAAAAGGAACAUUUUAUAAAAAAAUUCACUACAUUAAAAACAAAUAAAAAUAUAUUAAAUGAAGAUGUCCAGUUCUUAAUGGAAAAAAUUAAAAAAAUAGAUUAUGAUUAUAUAUCGUAUUUUGAAAAAAAACUCAAAUAUAAAUAA